AUGGCGACAAAUCGAUUCUUCUGCGAAAUCUGCAACAAAGGGUUUCAGAGAGAACAGAAUCUUCAGCUUCACAAAAGAGGCCACAACCUUCCAUGGAAACUGAAGCAAAGAACCAACAAGGAUCAAGUCAAGAAGAAAGUGUAUAUUUGCCCUGAGAAGAGCUGUGUCCAUCAUGAUCCAGCUCGAGCCCUAGGAGACCUCACUGGAAUCAAGAAACACUUUAGUAGGAAACAUGGAGAGAAAAAGUGGAAAUGUGACAAAUGUUCUAAGAAGUAUGCCGUGAUAUCAGAUUGGAAAGCUCAUAGCAAAAUUUGUGGAAGCAGAGAUUAUAGAUGUGAUUGUGGUACGCUCUUCUCCAGAGAACCGUCGUCUAUUUAUAGAUUUUUGCUAGAAUAA